CUGAGGGAACCGGUGGGGCCGGGGUGCGGGGCAGCGCUCCACCGUCCUCCUCCUCCUGCCGCAGGCUCGGCCCCGUUCCCCUUCUCCCCGAGCUGCUCGGAGCCCAGGCCCGAGGAAAAAUGAUACUCAUCCAGCAUUCCUGAGUAAUAAGAAUGGGUCCAGAUGUACCGCUGCUCAAUGAUUACAAGCAGGAGUUCUUCUUGAAGCGCUUUCCGCAGACUGUGCUGGGAGGUCCCCGCUUUAAGCUGGGCUAUUGUGCCCCUCCUUACGUAUAUGUGAAUCAGAUCAUUCUUUUCUUGAUGCCAUGGGUUUUGGGAGGAGUAGGAACGCUUCUGUACCAAUUAGACAUUAUGAAAGACUAUUAUACUGCAGCACUUUCAGGAGGACUGAUGUUUGCCACUGCGCUUAUUCUUCAGAUGGCAAAUCUAUAUGCAAAACAGAAAACAGUGACAGUAGAAAGAAUGCAAAUCCAGAAUGCUCUAACAGAUGAAGAUGAGUUUGAAUUUUCCAGCUGUGUAGGUUCAGAGACAAUAAAAUUUAUUAUUCCUGGAAAGAAAUACAUCAUCAACACUGUAUUCCAUUCGCUUCUGGCAGGGGUAUUGUGCGGGCUGGGAACUUGGUAUUUGCUGCCAAACAGAAUAACCUUGCUGUAUAACAACAUAGGAGGAACUGUUAUGAUCUUUGUGUUUGGAUGGGUGACUGUAUGUAUAGCAGAGUAUUCGUUAAUCGUAAAUACAGCUACUGAGACUGCUACUUUCCAAGCGCUGGAUACUUACGAAAUCACCGCUCUGAUGAGGCCUUUCUAUAUUUUUGUCUUUAUUGCAGUGGAUCUUGCACACAGGUUUGCUGUCAACGCACCCAUUCUAGAGCAGGCAAACCAGAUUUUGCACGUCGUAUUUCUUUGUCUGCCGUUCUUGUGGGCAAUGGGAAUUCUGCCCCCGCUUGACGCGCUUUUUCUGUGGGGAAUGGAACAACUGUUGGAGUUUGGACUAGGAGGUUCACCUAUGUCAAGUAACACAAAGUUGUUAGUAAUGUUUCUCAUUUCUGCUGGAACAGCAAUAGCAUCGUAUUUCAUUCCCAGCACUCUCGGUGCGAUCCUCUUCAUGACUGGAUUUGGGUUCAUACUGAGUCUUAACCUAAGCGAGAUUGGCUUUGCCUUCAAACGCCCCAUGAGCAGCCGUUUAGCCUCCAGCAAAUCUAAAGAUAUGCAUAGUGGUCUUAGAAUACAGCUUGGGUGGAGGGAGUUGAUUUUUUAUUUGACUGUACUGACACUUGCUCUCACAGAAGCUAGCCUGCUGCAUCAGUUUGCAGGCUUUUCAUCGUUUUCCAAGGCCAGUCCCCAGGCUGUAGUGAGUUACGUUCUGCUGGUAUUACUUGUAACUGUGUGGAUUCUUAGAGAGAUUCAGAGAGUGUACUUGUUUGGAACCUUCCGAAACCCCUUUUAUCCCAAGGAUAUCAGGACUGUGACUGUAUUCAUGGAGAAGCAAAGAAGGCUAAUGAAAGUUGGUGUUGUCAGGAGGAUUUUACUAACACUAGUGUCUCCGUUUGCUAUGAUAGCAUUCCUGUCACUAGACCGGUCGCUGCAAAACCUUCAUUCUGUCUCUGUUUCCAUUGGAUUCACAAGAAUAUUUAGGAUGGUAUGGCAGAAUACAGAAAAUGCCCUACUGGACAUUGUGAUUGUGUCAGUAGUGCAAAUGUUGGUGUUCAAUCCAGACCUGUGGUGGAACAAGAGCCUUGAUACAGGAAUCAGACUAUUGCUGGUUGGUAUCCUACGGGAUCGACUGCUUCAGUUUGCCUCAAAGCUGCAAUUUGCCAUAGCCAUUCUUUUGACAUCAUGGACAGAGAAAAAACAGCGUCGUAAAUCUGCUGCCACCUUAAUCACGUUGAACGUGGUUUUCUUCCCAAUCCUGCUGAUCUUCAUUGCCAUCUCUGCGCUCCUUUCUUCUCCACUGCUGCCUCUCUUCACACUACCAGUAUUUCUGAUUGGCUUUCCUAGGCCGAUCCGAAGCUGGCCAGGACCAGUGGGUGCUACAGCGUGUGUUUGUUCUGACACGGUGUACUACCAGCAGAUGGUUCCAAGCCUGGCUCUUGCUCUGCAGUCUGCAUUAGCAGCUGGUAGCUUAGGUCUCUCUCUACCUGGAUCACAUUAUUUGUGCCGUUUUCAGGAUAGACUAAUGUGGAUAUUGGUGCUGGAAAAAGGCUUCACUUACUGUGGUGUUAAUAUCAAGGGACUGGAGCUGCAGGAAACAUCUUGUCAUGCUGCUGAAGCUCACAGGGUGGAUGAGAUUUUUGAAAUGGCCUUUGAACAUCAAGAGCACGCAAAGAUUCUCUCUCUCAAUCACCAUUUUGGACACAUUUUGACUCCUUGUACCGUUCUACCCGUGAGACUGUAUUCUGAUGCCAGAAAUGUGUUAUCUGGAAUAAUUGACUCCCAUGAGAAUUUAAAGCAUCUAAAAGAUGAUUUCAUUAAAGUGCUUGUAUGGAUGCUUGUCCAGUAUUGUUAUAAAAAAUCAAAAGCAUGGGAAACCCUGGGCAGUGCAGACAGGAACAAGAAAGGACCGUUUGCAGGAAAGCAGCACACUGGUGCAGUAGGAGCACCCAGGGCCCUGAGGGACGAAGAGAGCGUUAGCGUUGAUACAGUUGAGGACUGGACUGAUGAUAGUGAUGUUUUUGAUCUCGAACCCAGGGGCAGAAUGAGAGACAGAAAAGAACCUCGGCAUUUGGGAAUGACACCAAAAGUGCAUCUGUCUAUUCCAGGAUCUGUAGAAACACAAAGCCAAGGUGUCCUGCAGGAAAUGUUGCCAGAAGAUAAAUUACACAGGGCUGUUGUGCUUGGGCUUCCUGCUGUAGACAAAGGAAAACAGCAGGAAGUUUUACCUCGGGUUGAGUUUAGUUGCUCUUACUCAGAGCUACUGAGCAUCCCUGAAGAAUGGAGAACAGCCCCAGUGCCUCCUUCCAAAGUCCAUGAAAUGAGGCAGAAGUUUCCAGAAGAAUGGUACCACUUUAUUUUGAGUCAGCUGGACUUUUUUCACCUGAAAGACAAGCCUUCCAAUUUACUUGAUGACCUUAUGAAAGAUAAAGCUUUACAAGACUUAUACGUCCAUGGUGUAUUGUCGUGUUGUUUUGGUCUGUUUGGACUGGAUAACACGGUGCCUGCCCCGAGCCAUGUGUUCAGAGCCUACACUGGUGGUAUUCCUUGGUCUGUAGGCUUGGACUGGCUAACUGGCAAACCAGAGCUGUUCCAACUUGCAUUAAAAGCAUUCAGAUACACUUUUAAACUCAUGGUUGACAAAGCAAGCCUGGGUCCAGUUGAGAACUUCAAAGAGCUCGUUAACUAUCUAGAAGAAUAUGAAAACGACUGGUACAUCGGGCUGGUGUCAGAUCUUGAGUGGCAGCAAGCAGUUCUCCAAGAAAAGCCAUACCUUUUUUCUUUGGGGCAUGAUCGAAAUAUGGGAAUUUACACUGGGCGAGUCCUCACUCUCCAGGAACUGUUAGUACAAGUGGGAAAGCUUAAUGAUGAAGCUGUCCGAGGUCAGUGGGCAAAUCUGUCCUGGGAGCUGCUGUAUGCCACGAACGAUGAUGAAGAACGCUACAGCAUCCAGGCACACCCAGUUCUUCUGAGAAACCUCACUGUGCAAGCUGCAGACCCACCUCUUGGCUACCCUGUUUAUUCUUCUGAGCUUCUGCAUCUGUCUUUGUUCUAGACUGUCCGUAGCACUUCUUUGUUGUUAUUUUCUAUUUUCCAUUUGCCUGUUGGGAAAAUGCUCAUGCUACAUUUAUACGCUAGAAGUAAGACUGAGAAUCGCGCUGGGUGGCAGUGCCAGACCAGUGUAUGUGAUUUGCACAGAAGUGGUGCUAGCCAGAACCUUCAGCAGGCAAGAAGUUCUGUUUUCUUGCUGCUGGAACAUUUGAGACACCAUUGCCAGUGUGGCUGACAAGCCAGGAGAUGCUGAAAUUCUCUUCUCCAGGUUAGAGAAGAGCAGCAUGAUUCUGAUCAUUAACUGUGGUGCGUUCUGAUCUUUUUCUUUCUAAUAGUUGGACAGGUGACUUGCACUGACAGGUUACAGCUCCCUGUAGAACCGUCAACCACAGAGUUGGUAACCAAAGUGUAUAUAUGACUAUUUAUAUGAUUUUUUUUUUUUUUUUUAUUCUGGCCAUUUUAUAUUGGACUGAGUUCAGUUUUAGUACUUGUGAUAAUAUAUGAUUUUGGGUGAUCUUCCUUAGUUGUAGUAAGUUAUCAGCUGUGCUUUUGUGAAGUCGUAAGGAGGAUUUUUACCAAAGUACAUGUUGUGGGGGGCAAAGACGUUCAUAUAAAACAGUUUGCAUUCUGACACGUUAAUAACCCGUAUGGCCUGCUGAUGAAAGUGGGCGAGUGUGGUCAGGGGACAGAUGGAAUUUAAGUCCAAAUGCAUUAAUUUUAUUUCCUUCUUCCAGUAAAACUGUUGUGUGCAUCCUAUGUCCCCAUCACUAAGCCGUCUUCCACAAAUGCAGUGAGUGCUGGAUAACUGAGGGUGGAGCCCAGCUGUCUUUGGCAGAUCUGUUGUUAUGUUUUUGUUCUGGUUUGUUUUUUUUACCUUAGCAGAGCUUAAAACAAUUGGCAAUUGUUUUAUAUUAUUUGAGGUCUCCUUUGAAACAGGUCUGGGUCAUCUCUCCACUUUAUCCUGGUCGUUACCACCAGACAUUAGCACAUAAAUGUAUUUUCUCUGUAGAUCUGUAGUUAUAGUGUAGUUAUUGCUGGUGUAGGUUGAGCAGGAUUAAAUACUCGACUUUCUUCAAGCUGUAGAAUCAAUUUAAAGCACAUCUGCUCUGUAACUGGUAUGGUGUUGGUUUAGAGAACCCUGUCCUGCAUAACCUGGAGCAUGUGUAUUACUUCUGCUCCUCACCUUUAAGAUGUUUUCCUCUUGGAUAAAAUAUGUCACGGGAUUGUGUGCAAUGUACGUGGUUAUUAACUGUGUGUUUUCACCAGUGAAGUAUGCAAACCUUGUAAUGGAAUUCAGAAGUGGUACCAGAACACCCAUCAAACACCAAAGCGUAACUCUUCCACAGUACAGUAUGAAAUUCACAUUGAGUAUUCAUGGAAUCAGCUUUUUAGACAGUGGUUGUUUGGUGUGCCACAGGAGCAUGAACAGCAGAGUGCUGAUAAUGACAAAAACCCUUGCUUGCCCUGUACCUGGAAACAGAGAGUUGUGGACACAGAUCUGCUGAGGGCUUUUACACAGCACCUGCUUCAGCUCCCAGUCAAGGAGGACUAUCCUGGCAAAUGUUUUAUCCAACUUAAAACAUUUCAUACCAGUUGGAAAGGUUGGGAUUGUUGUUUGUUCGUUUCUUUUUUUCUUGUCCAAUUUAAACCUCCCUGCCUCAGUGUACACCUCCUACUGACUUACCUUCACAGACAGUUUAAUUCUUUUGUUUUCUACUUUGUCUUCUGUAAACCAAAUAAACUAGUUGAGAAAAGA